AAAAGUAACAGAAAAGGCAUAGAGAAAAGAAGAAGAAAUUUGGCCUGCGAGGGAUCGGUACACCCCACUGCGCGCGCAUGCUUCCUACCAGCGGCUAAUGGGCUAGCCCAACCUCUACUAUUUGUGGACUUUGAUUAAUAAAGUUCGGCCUUACCCCUAAAAAAAUGGCAGCCCCCUGUCUCUCUCUUUUUACCACAAAAAAAACAAAUUAAUAAAUCAGGGGGAUUAAUGGUGGGGAGAAGGACACACGUGAGCCAUUCAUGUUGCCUCUCCAACUCUUUAUCUCUUCCCGCCGCUUCCUUCCAUGGAGGGCAGGAAACAAUCUCUCCACCAUAGUAGCUCGUCGCCGUCCGCUGGUAGUCAGCGGCCGCCACCGCGUGGGAGCAUCGGAGGGCUGCUCGCCGGAGCCACCCACUGUGUCAGAGCGGGACGCACCACCAGGCCAUAUGUGGAAGCGGAAUCAUCCGUGACCAUCCCUCUGCCGGAGUUCGUGGCGGCUGCCAUCUCUGAUUCCGGUGCGUUUGUUCCAACCAGUAACGGCGCACGACGGUGUCCAUGGUUCCGCACACCAUGCUGCGCCCGUUUGGCGUAAACCCGUGCGCCGCGGGUGGCCAUCUCAGACGGCACCAUGCCCGGCUGUGCCUCCGCCGUGCGAGCUCGGUGGAUGCGACGACCGGGACUUUGCCGGGCGGUAGCAGCAACACCAGGAGGAGGAAGAAGCAGGCCGCGGAGGAGUCGCGGUUGGAGGUCCUUUACGACGACGGGUUCGGGAGCGCCACCAUGAAGGACUACUGGGAGGCGGUGAGGGCCAUGCCCAAGGACGACGGCGGGCCGCCGCGGUGGUUCUGCCCAGUGGAGUGCGGCCGGCCGGAGGUGGACAGGGCGCCGCUGCUGCUUUUCUUGCCAGGAAGCGAUGGUGUUGGAAUGGAGCUCAUUUUGCACCACCAUUCUUUGGGCAAACUAUUUGAGGUUUGCUGCUUCCAUAUACCAGUAAAUGACCGUACACCAUUUGAAGGGUUGUUACAAAUUGUGGAAGAAUAUGUCAAAUAUGAGAGUGCUUUGUCACCAAGCAGACCAAUAUAUAUUGUUGGAGAUUCUUUUGGUGGAUGUCUCGCAAUUUCAGUUGCAGCUCGCAAUCCAGAAAUCGAUUUGGUUCUUACACUUGUAAAUCCAGCAACAUCAUCAGCAAAAACUUCGUUGCAGGCAGUAUUGCCUCUUUUGGAAACGAUGCCAAGCAACCUCCCAGUUGUCCAGCCCCACCUUCUCAGAUAUUUAAUUGGUAACCCUCUUAAUGUGGCUAUGGUUAGUGUUCAGAAUGGUCUUUCGCCUCAAGAAACUCUACAAGAAUUUUCAAACAGUCUCACUUCAAUGCUACCUUUAGUUUCAGAACUAGGAGAUAUAAUACAAAUGGGCACUCUCGUGUGGAAACUUAAGCUUCUCAAGUCAGGUGCAAACUAUGCCAACUCUCAACUUCAUGCGGUACAAGCAGAAGUACUACUUCUUGCAAGUGGCAUUGCGAAUCUGCCGCCAAGUGGAGAAGCAGACCGACUGUUUAAGACACUGAAAAAUUCUAAACUUCGAUACUUUAGGAACCGGGGUGAUAGACUACUCAUGGGGGAUGGCUUCAAUUUGCUAACUAUCAUUAAAGGAGUAAGCAUGUACCGUCGUGGUAGACAACGGGACUUCGUGAACGAUUUCCUCCCACCUACAUUAAGUGAAUUCAAGAAAACAUUUGGUGAAGAUUUCAAACUGUUUAAUCAGUUAUUGAGCCCAGUUAUGCUCUCUACAUUGAAAAAUGGAAAUAUUGUUCGUGGCCUUGCCGGUGUUCCUGACAAAGGUCCUGUCUUGUUUGUGGGCUAUCACCAACUCUUGGCCAUGGAGGUGCCUGCACUAGUUGAAGGGUUCCUAAGAGAGAAAAAAACAAUUCUCAGAGCAGCAGCUCAUCAAGUAUUUUUUGUCGGAAAUUAUGAGAUACUGCGUCAGGAGUUGUCUCUGUUUGAUUGGUUCUCUGCAUUCGGCGCGGUUCCAGUCAGUCCGAUCAAUACGUACAAGAUGUUUGAGAGAAAUGAAUUUGUUCUUCUCUAUCCAGGUGGUGUGCGGGAAGCUCUACAUAGGAAGGGUGAGGCAUACAAAUUGUUUUGGCCAGAUCAACCAGAAUUUGUAAGAAUGGCAGCACGGUUUGGAGUUACCGUCGUACCAUUUGGUUGUGUGGGAGAAGAUGACUUUGUGGAGAUAGUUCUGGACUACAAUGAUCAGAAGAACAUACCCUAUCUCAAAGACGCGAUAAAAUCAUUCAAUGAAGAUUUUAAAGGACUAAUAAGGGACACGGUGAAAGGAGAUGAUGGGAAUCAAGUCUUGCAUCUACCCGCUGUUCUCCCAAAGGUACCAGGUCGGCUAUACUUCCUAUUCGGCAAGCCAAUCGAGAUGAAAGGAAUGGACAAUGUGCUGACGGAUAGGAAGAAGGCAAACGAAGUAUAUUUGCAAAUCGAAUCCGAAGUGGAGAAUGUAGUGUCUUACCUCAAGAGGAAGAGAAAGGAAGAUCCUUAUCGGAGUAUUACGCGACGCGCGUUGUACCAUGCAACUCAGGAUCCUUCUACUCAAGUGCCGACUUUUGAGCCGUGAAAGAUUGACUCUAGCCUUGUUUCCUUUAGGCCCAGUGUUUGAUCAGGACUUUCAUGUCGGAUUGUAAGUUGAGGCAAUUUGAGAAUUAACUAUGAGAUCACUUAUAGACCUACAAUAUUGAUUUAUUGAAGUGUAAUUACAAGCAUGCA